AUGCAGAGGCAGGGGGAUGGAAGAAUUGUGAUUGUGCCGUUCCAAUUGGCGAAUGAGAUAUUUGGGGAAAUUAUCGUGCCUUCUUUUGAUGGACAUUGGGCUACCAUUUUGGCAUUCCAACACUCGAUUGCCUUGGUUGUCCAAGAUCCAGCUAUAACAAAAUGGGACAUACGGGUUAUGAAGGAAUAUGGUGUUGUGAACUCUUGGACUAAACAGUAUAGUUUAGGGAACACAAUUGGAUUUCCUUUUGGAUCCAUGAAGAAUGGUGAAAUUCUUGUUGAAAGAAGAACAGGCAAUUUGGUUUCCUAUGACCCUAAAACCCAAUUUCAUAGGGACCUUAAAUUGCCACAAUGGCCUUAUAAAAUAUUCUUUUACAUGGAGAACCUUGCUUUACUUCACAAUGAAGGUGAAGAACGUGUUUAUUAA